UAUGGAGCCUUUGUCUUGGUUCGGUGGAAACGCCAGUAACCUGAGUGCGCCACCGCAGGACGAGCCUCGGGAUGAGCACUUGGCGCAGGUGGAAAUAGCUCUUCUGUCCAUCAUCUUCAUCACUGCGGGGAUCCUGAACUUCGGCCUCAUGUUGGUUCUGUGGAAGCGCAGGAAGCAGCUCUCCAGGAUGCGCGUCUUCGUCUUCCACCUGUGCGUCGCGGACCUGGUGGUCACCUUCUUCCAAGUUUGCCCGCAGCUCUUGUGGGACAUCACGGACCGGUUUGUGGGUCCGGAUAUCUUGUGUCGGUUGGUGAAGUACCUGCAGGUGGUCGGGAUGUUCGCCUCCACCUACAUGAUCGUGGUGAUGACGAUAGACCGGUACCAGGCGAUCUGCAACCCCAUGGUGACGUUCCAAAGGCGCAGGGCGCGUUGGAACGGUCCGGUGUGCGCAGCCUGGUGCGUCUCUCUGGUCGGCAGCCUCCCGCAGCUCUUCAUCUUUUCUCGGGUGGAGGUGGCUCCGGGUGUGUACGACUGUUGGGCAGAGUUCAUCCAACCGUGGGGACUCAAAGCCUACGUGACGUGGACCACCCUGGUCAUCUUCGUCCUGCCCGUCCUCACCGUCGUCGUGUGCCAAGUGCGCAUCUGCCGCACCGUGCACGUCAACUUCCACAUGAAGAUGCACCACGCAGGGGAGGCGGUGAACAAGCCCCUGUCCUCCAGGGCCAGCAGCGUGGCCGGGGUGUCCAAAGCCCGGGUGAAGACCGUGAAGAUGACCGUGGUGAUCGUGCUCGUGUACAUCGUGUGUUGGGCGCCGUUCUUCACCGUGCAGCUGUGGUCAGUGUGGGAUGCGCAGGCGCCCACGCAGACUGCGACCUUCACCAUCCUGAUGCUUCUGGCCAGUCUGAACAGCUGUGCCAACCCCUGCAUCUACCUGCUGUUCAGUGGGAAACUGCCCAAGAGGCUGGUGGCGCUGGUGUGUGCAGCCCAGCCCGAGCUGAAGGAGUCCAUGCAGGAGGAGACCACCAUGGUCAGCUCCCUGUACAUCAGCCUCAAGAGCCUGUCGGACUGCAGGUGAACCCCAAGGACCGCCACUGAACGCCUGGUUCUGACCUCAGCCUGUUGAACACGAUGUAAAAACACAA